AACAUAAGCAGAGAAACCUCAGUGAGAUUCAAAAAGAGGUUUCUGACCAGGUGAAAAUGCAAAUAUAGUAAUAUAUUAUUAAUAUAUUUGUUGACAUUAAGUAAUAAAUAAUAAAGGAACAAGAACAUUUUGAGAUUUACAAAAGAUUUGGUUGUUUUGGUGCUGCUCUAGACCAGGAAAACUGACCAACAACAGCAUGCAUUAAGCAAUAAAAUGUGCCAACAGUUCUGCCAUAAAUUAUAAAAUAAGAUCAUUUAAAAGCUUUUCAAUUUGCUUUCUGUGAUCUUUCCUUUUAAUAUCCAGAAAAUAACUCUAAUAAAUAAAGCAAAAACAGGGAAAGGAAAAUAAAAGAAUAAUCAUGGCCACUAAAAGCGUUAGAAAGUAGUAAGUUAGCUAAUACGUUUGUUUCCGUCGCAGUAAAUGAAAAACAACCGGUAUCCUGGAUUACGAGGUGCAGUUAACUACUCCGUAAAACUGACUUUCCGCUAACCAAUUAGGGAACCCGUGAGCCGCAGAAGCUCCGCCCUGUAAUUCUACUUCCUGUUCCCAGAUCGCGGGCAUUACGUUUGAGCUGUUUCGUGUGGUAUAGCGACUUAUUUUAUAUUAAUUAAUCGACUCUAUAGAAUGACGCGAGAAACUAACCCAGCGAGAUGAAACGUGUAAGAGCUACAUUUACUCAUUGGUGAGUGAAAGAAAAUACUUUCAAUUUUUUUUGUUUUGUUUUGUUUUUUUGUUGAAUGAAUGAAUUGGAAAAUUAUUUUUGUUUUAAAACUUAGAAAACUUGAUUAAUUAAUUGUGAGUAACUAAUUAAAAAAUGGAAAUUGAAGCUGUUUUACACAGACAGGGUGUGAAUGUAACAUCUGUAAAUCUGGAUUUCAUUUGACCUUUUUAUAGGUCAGGUUUUUUGGUGCCGUCAAUGAGUGCUUGCGGCCAUGUUCUGAUGCCCACUGGAUCAUUUUCUGUUGGAGUUCUGUGAGGUUUCUGGUUUCCAGAUCCUGAGACCAUUUCUAAAAUUCGAUCGUGAGCCGCAUCAAACCACUGGACUGUGCGGUAGGACAAAAACACACACCAGUACACUGAGAUGGAUUGUAAAAAAAAAAUGGCCCCAACAGUAACUUUGGGGUCUUGAACCUCCAACCAAAGAAGGGAAGAGCGCAAGAGCACCAUCUUUUGGCCAGAAAAAAACAUUAAGGAGUUUUCUGUGGAUUACACUCCGAGCAUCCUCUGUUUCUGGAUCAUUCCAGUCACUGCCGCCCAUUUUGGUAAAAGCAUGAUGUUGAAAAUGACUUUGUACUGACAACUGAGAGGCUCAGUAGGAAAAAAAAAGAACAGAAUUAUGGAGUUGCUGAUGUCUGCUUCUGGAGAGACAUUCCCGUCCACAUCCAUUUGUCCUACUUCUCCCAGUCCUUCGUCUCCUGGCAGCUGGCAGUUCUUCUGGCACUAUCAGGACAAUUCUGUCAUUGUGGAACAUUACAACUACACUGGCAAGUUGCAGAGAGACCGCUACCGUGAGGGACUCAAACCAGAAGGUAUUGCCUUCCUGGUAGUGUGCCUCCUCAUUGUUCUGGAGAAUGCUGUGGUUCUCGUUGCCAUAUGGAGGAAUAAGAAAUUCCACAUUCCCAUGUAUUACCUGCUAGGAAAUCUUACUCUGUCCGACCUGCUGGCUGGGAUUACCUACAUGGCCAACAUAGUCAUGUCUGGACCUAAUACUUUGAAACUGACGCCGCUGCUGUGGUUCCUCAGGGAGGGCGGGGUUUUCAUUACUCUGGCCGCCUCCAUCAUUAGUCUGCUGGCCAUCGCCAUUGAACGUCAUGUUACGAUGGUGACAAUGAGGCCAUACCAUGGGGCGAAGAGAGGACGGAUGCUGGCGCUGAUUGGUGCAAGCUGGGCAUUGUCAGGAUUUUUGGGAGUUUUGCCCAUUCUUGGAUGGAACUGCAUCCACAGACUGGACCAGUGUUCAACGGUGCUCCCUCUUUAUGCCAGAAGCUACAUCCUCUGCUGUGUAUCAGUGUUCAGUGCUGUGCUUCUAGCCAUUGUGGUGCUUUAUGCCCGAGUCUUCCGCAUCGUCCGCAUCAACACACAACGUCUGCGGCCAGGUCUGUCAGGCAGUGUGCGGAAAGGCUUAGCAAGGAAGUCACAGAAGUACAUCGCCCUCCUGAAGACUGUCACCAUCGUGCUCGGUGUCUUCAUCGCCUGUUGGUUGCCUCUCUUCCUUCUCCUGCUCCUGGACUUUUUCUGCCCAACUCGCAGCUGCAGCUUGCUCUUCAAGGCUGAUUACUUCCUGGGUGUAGCCAUGGUAAACUCACUGCUCAACCCCAUCAUCUACACCCUGACCAAUAAAGAGAUGAGGAGAGCUAUUCUAAGGCUCCUCUGUCGCCCAUGUCUCAUGACCAGAGAUGGCCAUGUGAAGAAGAUUGGGAUUCCAUUUUUGGAGUGCAGUUUCAGUAAAACGGAGUUGGCCUCUCAGAAGUUGGAGGCCGGCCAGGAGACAACCAUUUCCUCUGGGAACAUUAUAAAUGCUGUCAACGCUAUCAACACUCCAUCUCCAAUCAAGUCCCUUUACCCAAAGCUCUUCAAAUCCUAGGCACAAUGACUGAAGGAAGGGCUAAGAUAAAACAAAUUAGAAAGGGGAUUUCCACUGAACAGAAUGUAUUCAGCAGUUAUUCCAUGUUUUACCAUGCCCUGGAAAAUGUCAUACCUAAAUAAAUAAUCGUGGUAAAUAAUCACAAUCACAAACUUAAUAAAUUAUGAUGUACUAAAACACACUAAUGAUGUUUGAAUAUGAAAAGGCCAUAUGGAUUAAAGAGUGAAUCUGAGCUGGCACACCCAGAUAAAUUUAAUAAUGUUAAACCUGUAAGGACAGGGAUGAAUGCAACAACAAACUGUAUAACAAUACUAUCACCAAUAUACAGGGGCUCCUCGACUUACGACAGAAUUGCAUUCAUACGGCGUGACCUAACACCAUCUUUGCCAUAUAUCAGAACUAACAUACUGUGCUUAAGCACUUCCGUCGCUCAUAUACACUAACCCAGUGGUAACUUCAAAAUCUAGAACAUAAAAACAUCACAAAAGUCUGAAAAGAAAGCCAGUGUAGCACAAUCCAACACAUAAGGCGAAUGUAAACAAUGAUGUUUAUAUAUCCAUUCUGCUCACCAACUCGUUCUACCAAAAUGUAUUUUAACGUCAUACAUCAGAAUGAUGGAACAUUUAUGGGAGAUGGCGAUGUAACCCUGAAACGCUGUAGGUCGAGGAGUUUGUAACCCGAGGACCUCCUGUAUAUCUAUCAAAAUACUUUACACUGUCCAAUGCAUAGGUUAUUGAUAAUGAUGAACUGACUUGAACAUGGUGUGGACGACUGGGGAAAAAAAAAAACUUUCCUUUGAACGUGUUGGGAAAAAAUGUUGUACCUCUGCUGGAGCAGAUUGUUUGUUGAAAUAUAUGAGUCUGAGUGUUUCCCCUCUGCAACAUAGAGAUAGUUAAAUCUGUUAAAUCAGCUGUACAGUUAUCACCUGCUCAAUGUUGUGUAACAUAGAAGUAUCAGAAGGAUAAACAGAAAUCAACAGGCCAUUAGAAACUGUGCAGACUCAGGGCGCUUUUCUUGUUUUCUCGCAGUGUAGUUUGAGUGUCCGUUUUAUAUUUACUAUCCAGUUGGCAUCACCUUUUUCUGUACAGGUGUUGUUAGUGUAGUCUUUUUACACCAGAGUGUGCUUUAUUGUACUUUAAUUCAUGUAGCAACAUUUUAUUGCCUAAAUCUUUUUUAUGAAAUAUCUUUUUGUAACAAUGAAACAUCUGUUAAUGUCCUUUUUUUAAAUAAAUUAAUACAUUUUUGUAAAAAAAAUAAUCAAAACAGUUUUUGACUUAUUUUAGUGUAAUAUGAUAUUCAUGAAAGCAUAUCUUAGGAGACUCUGUGUUCAUGUACGCUUAAUAUACAGUAUCUGUGGACUAGCAGUCCUGUUUAAAGAACAGGAAGUCAGCCUCCGUCUCCCACAUCUGGUAAGGACAUUGGCCUACAUGCAGUU